AUGAAGGAGAUUUUGGUGAAGACCGAUCUUCCAAAAGUUGCGAUGUACGCUGAAAUUUCCCGAGACAAGUUCAGUCCGGGUUUGUUCGGCGAAAUCCGACCAGAGCCACACAAGCGUCUCAAGCGCUUUUUGUCUCCUGCGUUCACCGUCAGCUACAUCGACAACCUUGAAACCUUCUUCAAGACUACUGUCCGCGAUCUACUCAAUAAGUACCAAACGCAGCUUAACGAGGACCCAGUGCUAUUCGCGAAGCAGGGCAUUGAGGUCGAUCUGAUGGACGACCUUCAUAAUGUUGCUUUGGACAUAUUGAUCGAGGACGGCGUGGAUGAGAGGAUCUGGAAGUCCAUUCCUCGCUCCAUCUUCGACGGCCUCAGCAGACGUUAUCAGACUGUUUACAUCAAGAAAUUUUUCCGAUCUCUUGGUAUAAGCAUCCAAUUUGACUGGCCAGCGGAGAUGAUUACAGCUAUCGACGCUGUUGUACAACGACGCAAGCGCACCUCGGAAGUUGAGCGCCAAGACCUCCUCCAACACCUCAUUGAAGAGGGCAAGAAGCCCGACACCGGCACCAGCAUGUCUGCCCGCGACAUUGUCGACCAAAUGGCUGAAAUACUCCUCGCCGGUUCUGAAACAACUUCGGGUACUAUCGGCUGCCUCUUCCUCGAACUUGCUCGUAAUCCCGACGUCCGCGCCAAGCUGUUUGCAUCCCUGCCCUCAAAGACGUUGAACGACGAUGUCGUGACGAGCAAAUCUGUCCGCAAUGAAACGCAAUACGAGUACCUUGAGGCAUGUAUCAAGGAGAACUUGCGUCUGCAUCCCAUCGCCUCGGAGAUGGGUCGCCGGACAGGAAACCAAUGGAUCAGUCUGUGCGGCUACGAUCUCCCCCCUCAUACUGUUGUCUCGGCUUCAUAUCGUGACUUGCACCGUAACGAAAAGUAUUGGCCUCAGGCUGAACGAUUCUGGCCAGAAAGGUGGCUUUCCGAAGACAAACGAGAUGGCGCUCCCGCGCCCGACAUGGAUGCAUACUACCCUUUCUCCGGAGGCAAGCACUCUUGCAUUGGUAUCAAGUAA